AUGUCCACCGUAAACAAGAAAUUAGCCAUGUUCGAAAAGUUGGAAGCCAAUGCCCAACGCGAGGAACAUAUUCUCAACGGAGGACUUGCUGCUGGAAGUUCUUCUCCAUCCUCCUCUCCGUCUUUAUCAAAUAAGCCAAAAUCAUCCAACAACAACAACAACAAGACGAAAAACAAGACUUCUACUCCGCCACCUUUCAACAAGAAUGUCACAUCAAGCUCUUCAAAAACCUCUUCAUCAUCACCAACAUCCUUGUCAAAAACCCAAUCCUCCAAAUCAUCUCCCAAUUUAACUCGUUCUGCUACUGUCAUGGAUUCAUCAUUAAAACAAUCACCUAAACCAAGACCUUUGGUAUCUACCUCGAGUGUAAAUAAUUCGAGUCCUCGACCUUUAGGAAAUGGUUCAUCAUCUCCUCCACCUAUUCCACAGCAUACUUCUUCAACAAAAGCCAUGAACAAGUCCAAUUCUGCAACGACCACUCCUCCUCCUCCAACAACAACAACAACUCCAAAUGUCACACAGACAAAGACAGAAGUGAAAGAAAAUUAUUUUGAUUCCAUUACUCAAAACGUACCAAAGAGUGAAAUCAAAAUUUCGUCACCUAAAGGAAUGACUCAUGUGGCACAUAGUACCACUAAAGAUCCAACAGCUGCAUUCAAGCAUCAACGAUCUGCAAGUGAAAUUUCAUUGAAAAAACGAAAUGCUGUGAAUUUUGAAUCGACCACCACAAGUUCAAACAAUAAUGCAUCGUCUUCUUCCUCAAAUUCUUCCAAUUCAACAAUGACCUCAAAUUCAGACAUAAAUUCAUCCUCUUCAACACUCAAUGCCACUCUUUCACUGGUGACCAACAAAUUCACAAGUGCCAUGGGAGUAUUAACAGAAAAAGUGAAAAACACAUUCACCAAUAAUAAUGAAACAAUUGCAUCGAAUGCCGUGUCACCCUCCUCCUCAUCAUCCUUAGGGUCAUCUUCUUCAAGUCUCUCAUUGACAGGAAAGAAAAAGAAAGUCACUCCCAAACCAAAACCAAAAGCAUUACCUCCAAAACCUUCCAAUGUGGUUCGUAUUGCUGCAACUCCGACCAUUAGUGUGAUUAUUCCAGAAAAUGAAGCAUCUGAACAUGACAAGGAAUUGGAAGUGAAAAGAAUGGAUUUGGAAAAAAGAAAGACCAUGAUGAAUCACAAAAUUAUGGAAGAAGAAAAGAGAAAAUUGAGAGAAAUGAAAGAAUCUGUCCUUCGUGAACAAGAAAUUAAGAGAAAAGAACUUGAAGAAAAUUUAAAGAAAGAGGAAAAGAAAAAACUUGAAGAGUUGGAAUCGAAACUUGUUUCUUUCACAGAGCAACAAAAAGAAGAUCAAAUUCGCAAAUUAAAAUCAGAAGAAGCAAAGAAGAGAGAGAAAAUGAUGAGUGACAUUGAUAAAGAUGCUAAAAGACGUCUCAUGGAAAUUGAUAAUGAAAUUGUGAAAGAAAAAGAGCAACGUCUCAAACAAAUCAAUGAAGAAAUUAAAAAAGAAGAAGAACAAGCGCGUCGAGAAAUUGAAAACAAAUACAAGGAAGAAGAAUUGAAAAAGAAGAAGGAAUUGCAAGCUCGUAUCGAACGUGAGGAAAAGGAAAUGCUUUCACGUAUUCAGAAACGUCUUCAAGAAGAAGAGGAACGUAAACUUCAAGAGCUCAACAUGAAGCUUAAAGAAGAGGAGAGACAGCGACUCGAGAAAAUUCAAUCCAAUUUGAAAGAAAUUGAAAGCAUGAAACGACAAUCUGUCAUGUAUAAGGAAGCUACACAAUUGAAACGAAAAUCUGUGUCGUCACGUCUCGUUCAAGAAGAAGAAGAAAAACUCAAGAAAUUAGCCGAACAAAUGAAGCAAGAAGAAAUGAAACGAAUUGAAGAAUUGGAAAAGAAGAUGAAACAAGAAGAACACGAAAGAAAGUUACGUCUCAAACGAGAAUUGGAAAAGAUGGAAGAAGAACAACGUCAGUUAUUGAUUCAACAACUCGAAGAAGAAAAACGAAAACUUCAAGAAAAAUUACAGAAAGAAGCUGAAAAAGAAGCUGAAGAGCAUCGAAAGAAGUUGUUACAACAACAACAACAACAGCAACAACCAUCAACCAUUCCUUCUAUUCCUUCACAAACAACACAAUUAUUAACAAAUGCUUCUCAAGUACCUCCUCCACCUCCUCAGAGUUCCAUGAUUCCUCCACCUCCUCCAGUCUUGAACAACACUCCUAAAAUUGAAAUACAUAUUGAAAUGCCAGAAAUGCCAAGUGGUCGAGGUGAUUUAUUGGAAUCCAUUCGAAAAGGUACGAAUUUAAAGAAAGUGAAUCCUGAAGAUAUUAACAAACCAAAGGCAUCGAGCGGUGGAGAUGCAAUUUCAAACAUGUUGAAAAAGGCACUCGAUCAAAAACGAGUCUAUUUGGCAGAUGAAAGUGAAGAAGAAGAUUCUGAUGAUGAGGAUUUUGAUGAUGGAUGGGAUUCGGAAGAUGAAGCUAUGAAAUUAAUUGAAUCGAAAAAGAAAGCUUUGAAUAAUUCAGAUUUUGAUUAG